AUGCCCUUUCCCAUUCCACCGCUUCCUUCGCCAACAUAUCAAGCCGCCUACGCCAUCCUAGGCCACCACAUCUACGUUAUCGGCGGCCACCUCGGCGGCAUACUUUCCCAGCAAGUGUGGAUCCUCGACUGCCGCAUUAACCGCUGGCGACAAGGCCCUAGCAUGCUCAUCCCUCGUGUCGGUGCAUCUACCGCUGUCGCGGACGGCAAGAUCUACGUCAUGGGCGGACGGGGACGCCAGCUGCCAGAUAUUUGGGGCGAAGUUCUUGACCCAGCUGUUGGUCGUUGGGUGGAGGCGGAUUAUAACUGCCUCAACUCAAGCAGUGGAGAUGGCACGGAAUUCAAGAAGAAUAGAGCGUGCUUUACGGUUGGUGCGCGUGUUGUGACGUGCGAUGCGAGGAGAGUGGACAGGUUAUGGUUGGGGAGAAACGGGUGGGGCUGUUUUGAGGAUGGUUUCUUUUAUACAUUGGAUUACCCGGACAAGCUGGUGGGGCACGAAUUGGGGGACAUGGAGGAGUCGGUUGAGUAUUGGGGGAAGCCUUGGGCGGUGAAAGGGUUGUUGGAUUUGCCCAUGUGGUACUCAAUAGUCACUAGGAGGAGGCCCAAGCAACUGGCUGGUUCCGGAGGCAAUGGGAGGAGCUUGUUUCUGGUUUGGAUUCAUUAUUGGAACCAACAAUAUGAGCUCUGGUGCUCUCAACUGGACCUCAACAACACAAAGAGGGGUGAUGAUUGGCAGCUUUCUGCCAUUCCUUCUUCGUCCCACAAAAUCUUCUCUUCUUUUGACCAAUUCACCAUUGGCGGCACUUUAGUAGUUCAUGACUUGUGA